AUGGCAAUAUUAAUGCUUACUUCCUACCUUACUCCCCCCCCCCCCCCCCGUGAGCGAACAAAAAAAUUUUGUUCGCUCACGGAGGGGGGUUAAUUUUUUUUUUUAAAAAAAAUUUAUAUAUAAAUUUUAUAAAAAAUAUUUUUUUCGAAAUUUAAAAAAAUCCUAAUUUGCAAAAAUUGGGAAGCAAAUAUUAAUUUAAUUUGCAAAAUUUAUGUUUUAAAACGCAAUUUGUUUAAAAUUAAACAGAAUUAGCUCUAGAUUUCAUUAUACUAAUUAUCACUUAUAUAUCAAAAUUUUUUUCCAUUAAAAUUUUUUCUAUUAAAAAAAUUUUUGUUCACUCACGGAGGGUGGGUUUUUGGUCAAAAAAUGGCGAUUUUUCUAAUGGUUUUGUUCGCUCACGGAGGGGGGGGGGGGGGAGUUAAAAAAUUUUGCUCAUUAAGGAAUCUUUUUUUUUAAAAUUUUAUAUAAAUUUUUAUAGGAAAUUUUUUUUUGAAAUUUAAAAGACUCCAUAUUCAAAGCAAAUAUUAAUUCAAUUUGCAAAAUCUAUAUUUUAAAAUGCAAGCUGUUUAAAAUUAAAAAGAAUUAGCUAUUAAGAUUUCUUGUUAGCGAGAAAAAAAAUUAUUCAAAUAAUAAUUUGAUAUAUAAAAUCUGCUAUUAUAAUAAUAUUAUCUCCAUGUAAUCCUAUUAAACUCUCUCAUUUUCAAAUAUUAAUAUUAUAAAAUUAAAUUAUAAAUAUGGAUUUUUUAAUCCGAAAAAUGGUUUAUGCACAAUUUUAAUAUAAAAUUAAAACAAAAAGCAUACAGCUUGAGAACCCAUUUAGAUCUCUCUGGAGCAGCACCUAAAGAGGUAAAUUGCAAUCUGACAAGCCAAAAUGGAAAUGAGAACUAACAUUUUUCUAAUAAACACAGAUUAAAUUUGAUAAAUAUUAUCAAUAGGCUCUACUUGUUAAAACAACAUAAAUUUGCCAUAAGAUUAAGAUUAAGUUAAGCCGUUCGCACUUGCAGGGCCGGGAAUUUGCACCCCUACACGCUCAUCAUCCAUAAAGGGACCUCGGCAAGACACCCUUCCUUGUUUCCGCAAACAAGGGAUUCGCACCACCAGUCUUGACUUCCAUGGCUUCUGGAGUCUAAGGGGCAACCACAUGGGUCGAAACUCCAGUUUCUCGUUAGGCAAAUACCGUCUUCAGGGUCUGAGGUUCAUAUUGCCCAUCAGAAAUGGCCCGACCUUGCCCUUUCCAAUGGUUGUCCUGGAGGAAAAACUCUAAGUCCAGAGUUUAGCACCCUGGGCCUGAGGAAAACCCAGCCCGAAUAUACAUAAAGGAUUAACGGCCCCUUUCCACCUAAAUCCCCAACACUGGGCCGUUGCCUGCUGCUGUUGAGGAAAUAGGGUCGAGAGGUCGGGUGGUCUGUCGUCACCAUUUUUAUGUAUAUAUAAAUUUGCUAUAAAAAUAUCAUUUUUCAUUUUCAGUCUGACUUUUCAGAUCGUUACUUUGCCUCUUUAGGCAAUGCCAAGAGCGAUCAGGAUAUUUUUUUAUGAUAAUCAAGGGCAGAGCUAGCAAUAUUAUUCCAUGAGCUGAAUCUGCAAAUUUCCUUUUAAAUCCUUUUUUCUUAUUGAUUUUUUUGAAUGUAUUUUUUGAGUUUAUUGCUCUUCCAAAUCAAUUUUUUGUUAAAAAUCAGCACAAAAAGGAGCAUGACUAUUCAAUAUUUAAAGAAGAUUCCUUAUUUUCUAUUAAAAAAUAA